CGUGUCACGUAUAAAAGCGGAAGGCGGACCAGGGGGUUGCGCACUCACAGGCACAUUCAAGGGAACAUAAGUCGUCGAGGUAACCCAGCAGCCCCCAAGAAACAGCAACCAUGCCAGAGCUCUGUGUUGGAAUCAAUGGCUUUGGCCGUAUUGGCCGCCUUGUGUUGAGGGCCUGCCUUCAGAAAGAAGGCAUCAAGGUUGUGGCCAUCAAUGACCCCUUCAUUGACCUGCAGUACAUGGUCUACAUGUUCAAGUAUGACUCCACCCAUGGCCGUUACAAAGGUGAGGUCUCCGAGGAGAACGGCCAGCUCAUCGUGGAUGGCCAGUCAAUCUCUGUCUUCCAGUAUAUGAAGCCAGCUGAGAUCCCUUGGGGCAAGGCUGGUGCCAAGUAUGUUGUGGAGUCCACCGGAGUCUUCCUCAAUUUGGAGAAGGCUUCUGCUCACAUAAGUGGUGGGGCUGAACGUGUGGUAGUGUCAGCACCCUCACCUGAUGCUCCCAUGUUUGUCAUGGGUGUCAAUGAGGACAAAUAUGAUCCCUCCUCCAUGACUAUCGUCAGCAAUGCCUCCUGCACCACCAACUGCCUGGCCCCACUGGCCAAAGUCAUCCAUGAUAACUUUGGCAUUGAAGAGGCCCUCAUGACUACAGUUCAUGCUUACACAGCCACCCAGAAGACAGUGGAUGGUCCCAGUGCCAAGGCCUGGCGUGAUGGUCGUGGGGGUCACCAGAACAUCAUUCCGGCCUCCACUGGUGCUGCCAAGGCGGUGGGCAAAGUCAUUCCCGAGCUUAACGGUAAGCUGACAGGCAUGGCGUUCAGGGUGCCUGUGGCUGAUGUGUCUGUGGUGGACCUGACAUGUCGCCUUUCCAAGGCUGCAUCUUAUGCUCAGAUCAAGGAAGCUGUCAAGAAGGCCGCUCGUGGGCCCUUGAAGGGAGUGCUUGGUUACACUGAGGAUCAGGUGGUGUCCUCUGACUUCAUUGGUGACACCCACUCCUCCAUCUUUGAUGCUGGUGCUGGCAUCUCCCUCAAUGACAACUUUGUGAAGCUCAUAUCCUGGUAUGAUAACGAGUUUGGCUACAGCCACCGUGUUGCUGACCUGCUGUUGUACAUGCACAGCAAGGAGUAGACACUUCCUGUGCUGAAAGCACAUCCAGAAAGGGACCACACCAACCAUGCUCGUCUCCCCACCUUUCUCUUUUACGCACAGGCUCCACCAUAAACGUGUCAUAGAAUCACAGUCCCUUAGCUCUUUUUCUGGACAAGUAAAAAGCAGCAACCAUGUGUUCAGUGUUCUGAUUUACUCUUGUCUUUUCCUUUAAUGAUGAGAUGAUCGGCUGGUGAUAGUAUUUGUGUCUGUGUGCCCCUGCUCUUUUCACCUCCCACUGCCCCUGUAGAUGUGUUGUUAUGGCUCAGUACUGUCGUUAACUGCUGGAUCCAUCUUCAUGUUGGUGUGUUUUAAAGGCUUAUUUACCAGUGGAAGGAGGAAGAGCAGAGUGACUAACUCCUCUAAAGGGUAACGAAACAAAAAACAAUAAAACUUGAAACUUCAA